AUGAACGAUUUUUCAUCUGUACAAUCACCCAUACAAGUUGAACAAACUCGUGAACUGGCUGACCGUGUAAAUAGACAGCUAGGGCCGAAUUUGUCAACAGCUUUCGAUCGGGUAGCAAUACCCAGUGAACAGUUUCGGUAUGAUCCAGAAGAUUAUGAACAAAUAUCCGAUAAUGAGCUGGUGGAAAAUCAGUCCGAAAAAGAGAGUCACAAUAUUUUAUCAAUCGAACCACUACUUGAGUUACCACAACAACAAUUUUUACAAAACGGACAAUGCGCAUCCGGGGAUCGUGAAAGUGAAGAUAUGGAACAAGUCGACAGCGAACAAUUAGCACAACCAACGCCCCUAUUAGUCAACAAACAUUGUGCUACAGGUCUCUUAUCAACAGGGAAAAAAAUCGAGAAACUUAUCCUCACAACGAAAUUCAAAAAACCAAGAACAACAAAAUAA